AUGGAUGAAAAAGAACAAGGAAGUUAUUACUUCACAAGAACAAAGUGGGGCAGCGUCACUGGACCGAGUUUGCACUUCGACCUCCCUGAGCUCGACUUCGGGGACAUCUCCUUUGGCUUUCCCUACACCCAGCGCUGCCGGCUCACUAACAGCUCCCCGGUGCCCGUGACGUUCCAGCUCCGCAUGUCGUUUGAUGGCACGCAGCCGGCUGUGGACAGCGUGGAUCAGAUCCGCUGCCACAGUGACCCAGCCUGGAGGAAGGGCGUUCACUUGUAUGUGGAGCCCCGGGAGUUUACCAUCACUCCCAGCCAAGGGACCAUCCUGCCCCAGGGACACCAGGACAUCCAGGUGACCCUGUGUUCCAACUCGGUGAUGGAGUUCUACAGGAAAAUGCUGGUUGAUCUGGAGGGUUUUGGCAAGGGAGUGGCAUCAUUGGUCAUCACAGCCAGAUGUCUUGUUCCUAAGCUGCAAGUGUCCCCCCACGUGCUGCAGUAUGAUGAGUGCCUCCUGAAGGUGCCCUACGAGAAGAAGUUCAUCAUUAGGAAUCCCAGCCACCUGCCUGGCUGCUACGGGCUUAUUGAACAGAAACGCAAGGAGGACUCUGCUGUGCUCUACUCCAGCCCCAGGCCCUGUGGGAUUGUCCAGCCUCACAGCACUGCAGAGAUCCCAGUGCUGGUGGAAGUGCAGGCGCUGGGCACGCAUCGCACCAAUGUUCUCAUCGGCGUGUUCGGGGAUGAGAGAAACCCACUGGCUUCCAGUAUCCUGCCAGUGUCAGGUGUGCUGCAGCCAGGAGAGAGCCAGCAGGUCUCCUUGCCCUUCUCUGGCCACCUCAACAGCAUCUCCAGUGCCACGGCGCUGUGCCACGUGGAGGGAGGCCCCAGCUCCGAGGUGCUGGUGCCUGGGGAGGCCUCACGUGUCAGCUGCUCCCCAAGCCCCCAGGAGAUCAACUGUGGCUCUGGGGCACCUCUCAGGGAGAGAAGGGAGCUGAAGCGGCUGUCUCCAAAGCUUGAGGAGGAGGCAAAAGCCUUGGAGGAGGAAGAGAGGCAGAAGGAGAAAGAGAAGCAGAAGAAAGAAAAGAAGGGUGUCUCUGUGGGGAAGGAACCUCCAAAAGCAGAGAAGGGGAAAACCAAACCCCCAGAGAAGAAGGAAAGCAAGGCCCCAGAGAAGAAGGACACCAAAAUCCCACCAAGGAAGGAAAUCAAAGAACCAGAGAAGAUGGAAAACAAACUUCCAGAAAAGAAAAACAAACAUCCAGAAAAGAAAGAAACCAAAAUCUCAGAGAGGAAGGAAAGCAAAGCCCCAGAGAAGAAGGAAAGCAAGGCCCCAGAGAAAAAGAACACAAAAGCAUUAGAGAGGAAGGAAACUAAAUUCCCUGAGAAGAAGGAAACCAAAGCCCCAGAGAGGAUGGAAAGCAAACUCCCAGAAAAGAAAUACAAACCUCCAGAAAAGAAGGAAACCAAAUUCCCAGAGAGGAAGGAAAGCAAGGCCCCAGUGAAGAAGGACACCAAAGCAUUAGAGAGGAAGGAAACCAAAUUCCCAGAGAAGAAGGAAAACAAAGCCCCAGAGAAGAUGGAAAACAAACUCCCAGAAAAGAAAUACAAACUUCCAGAAAAGAGGGAAACCAAAUUCCCAGAGAGGAAGGAAACCAAAGUCCCGGAGAUGAAGGAAAUCAAAAGCCCAAAGAAGGAAAGCAAAGCCACAGAGAAGAAGGAAAUGAAAAGCCCAGAGAAAAAGGAAAGCAAAGCCCUAGUAAAGAGGGAAAUCAGAAUUCUAAAGAAGGAAACCAAAUCUCCAGAGAAGAGAAGCAAACCUCCAGAAAAGAAGGAAACCAAAUUCCCAGAGAGGAAGGAAAUCAAAAUCCCAGAGAAGGAAAUCAAAGCACCAAAAAAGAAGGAACCCAAAGCCCCAAAGAAGGGGGAAGCCAAAGCCUGAAAGAAGGGAGGAACCAAAAUCCCAGAGAACCCAGCUGAGCUGGAGAAGAACUCUUUAUUUUAUUCACACAACUUAUUUUAUACAGUUUGACAAACCUAAUGUGCAACUUUAGGUAGUUAAUCGAUUUCUUAUUACUAGUUAUGCCAG